GACGGAUUUUGGGAGAUGCCAGACGGCCUCGGCUAUUUAAGGGUGCCGCGCGGAGAGCGGGCGUCUCAUGCGAGGAGUCAGAGAGCUGCUCAACCGACGUCCAGCUGCACAGAAUCUCGUGUCUGCCCAGGCAUGACCAGCUGUGCGCCCUCCGUGGGCGUCCUCCUCAUCACCGUGCUGCAGCUCGGCCGAGUCCUCGCGCAGCAGAACGUUGUUCUUGGCACGUGCACAUAUGAGAGCCAGACCUACGCCAACAAGGACGUGUGGAAGCCGGAGCCGUGCCAGAUCUGCGUGUGUGACGAUGGCGCCGUCCUGUGCGAUGAAGUCAUUUGUGAUGAUGAACCUUUAGACUGCCCGUCUCCCGAGAUCCCAGAAGGAGAGUGCUGUCCCAUCUGCCCCACGGGUUCACCGCCAACGAAAAAUCCAGAAAAUAAUGGUGGUCCGACACCACCGGUGAGUGCCUUUGUGUCUGUGUGUCCUUCUGCUUGUCUCUCUGUCUGAUCAUUGCAUGCUGUCAUGGACUGGCAUUAGAGUUUUAGAUUUUGUUAAUUGAAUUUAUUUCUCUUGGUUCAGUUAAUUUUGUCUCUAAAGUCAAUAGACGUUUGUUUCAUUUUUCAUUUUUUGCAUUCUAUACGUUUUGAAUUCAAUAAUAAAUCUGCAAAUGUGUGA